AGCACGUACUGACCAGUAAAGGACUAAACAAUACUAGUUCGCCGGCCUUUGUUAUGCAGAAUGUCAUGAUCGAUAUACGUAAUAUUGUCUGACAAGAGAAGUGCAGCUGUAUUCAUUUGUUGCAAAAUAGUAAUCCACAAUGGCCGACAACGAGCAAAAAGCAGCCCAACUAAUCGCCGAGGCCGAAAAGAAAUUGAACUCGGGAAAGAGCUUUUUUGGUUCUCUAUUUGGAGGAGGAUCAUCCAAAGUUGAUGAGGCUAUAGAAUGCUACCAACGAGCAGCAAACUUGUUUAAAAUGGCAAAAAAAUGGUCUCAAGCUGGUCAAGCCUUUUGUGAGGCAGCAGCUUUACAUCUUAAAGCUGCUGGACGUCAUGAUGCAGCCACCAAUUACAUUGACGCAGGCAACUGUUAUAAGAAAUCUGAGCCCAAUGAGGCUGUUGCUUGCCUCCUCAAAGCUAUUGAAAUAUAUACUGAUAUGGGAAGGUUUUCUAUUGCUGCCAAACACCAUCAAACCAUUGCAGAGAUUUACGAAACAGAAUUGGCUGAUCUCGAAAGAGCUGUGCAACAUUAUGAACAAGCAGCUGAUUAUUUCAAAGGUGAGGAAAGUAAUAGCUCUGCCAACAAAUGCCUUUUGAAAGUGGCUCAGUAUGCAGCCCAGUUGGAAAACUAUCAUAAGGCGAUUCAGAUUUAUGAGCAAGUUGCAUCAGCUUCUCUGGAUAAUUCACUGUUGAAGUACAGUGCUAAAGAGUACUUCUUCCGGGCUGCCCUUUGCCACUUGUGCAUUGAUUUGUUGAAUGCCCAACAUGCUGCCCAGCAAUAUGAGAACAUGUAUCCAGCUUUUCAGGAUUCCCGAGAAUGCAAGCUGAUCAAGGCACUCAUUGGUCACAUGGAAGAACACAAUGUAGACGGAUUCACCGAAACGGUCAAGGAUUAUGACUCCAUUUCACGGCUUGAUCAAUGGUACACUACAAUGCUUUUGAGGAUCAAGAAGCAGAUGGCUGAAACACCUGACUUGUGUUAAGUCAGAAGAUCCAAAACGACUCGACGAUCGGAAACCUAUAGGAUAUCGUAGCUUUUUUUGCUGGUUUAUGGCACACCCUUUAAUCUUGCGCAUGUACACAUUAGAAGCUCCCCCAUACACGAUUAUUCUGUUGUAAUAUCUUUCGAUUGUCUAGUUCCAUACGUUUUUAGCAUGAUCGCGAAGUGUACUAUUCUAUACAUUUUUCAUUCCACAUUAAUUCUUUUGCUCUCUGUCUUACACUGUUCAUUAUUAUUUUUUUCAAAUUCGUUCUUGUCCAUUGUUCUCUUACGUUACAGUGUACAGUAUAUGUUCAUCGUUGGACUUCACUCGGUUUUUUUCCUAAUUUGGUAUUUACUAUAUACUACGCGAUAUAGUUGUUCUUUUCACCUUAUAUUGUCUUUAUAGAGGUUGAUCUUCAACUGCAAAAUGUGUUAAAAAAAAAGGAAAAUUCGUUUAAUUAUUCGUAGAUGAAUAGGAAAAAAAUUUCGGUACUGUUACUUUUCUUCCCUUUUUCUUGCUGUCGGAUAAAUUGUAUGCCUCAACCAAAUUUGUAUUUGUGUGUAUCAAUGUUUGUAGUUCAGAGAAAUCCAACGUGGUGAAGUUUA